AUGGGAAAAGCAGAGGCAGGAUCGCUGAAAGCGAUCUCGAACGCCAUCAAGGCAAAGGGAUUGACCAAGUUGCGAUUCUACUGCCAACUCUGCCAGAAAGCGUGUCGAGACGAGAAUGGAUACCGCAGCCACCUCGAAUCGGAAGCGCACUUCCGUCAAAUGGACGCUCUUGCUGCCUCGGGUGGCGCUCAAAGGGUGAUUGACGACUUCAGUUCUACGUUUCAAAAGGAAUUUGUACAGCUAUUGAGCCGGCGAUUCGGCGCUCGACGCGUUCGAGCCAACCAGGUCUAUCAAGAGUACAUCGCAGAUCGCCAUCACACGCACAUGAAUGCAACGCAGUGGACGAGCCUAUCUGACUUUGUCAAGCACCUCGGCAGGGAAGGCAUCGUGCAGGCAGAGGAUACUGAUGAGGGAUGGUACCUCACAUGGAUCGACAACUCUCCCGCGGCGUUGGCGAGGCAGGAUGCUUUGCAAAAGAUGGAGCGCGCCAAGAUGGACGAUGAGCAGAGACAACGCCGCUUACUGCAGGAGCAGAUCGACAAGGCAGCAAAGAGCCCCUCCGUGAAAAACAAAGAGACAGCGCCACUCGAGAAGACCAGCGAAGGCCUCCAGAGAGACGGGUCUGAACCUAUCCGCAUAGGACUGUCCCUCGGCUCCCUUGCUCGCAAACCGGAUCAAGGCGCUGAUAGUGCCAAAGCUUCCGCAAAGAGUGAAGGCGCGACGGAAGCUAGGCCGUCUUCGUCAAGCGCCCCCGCCUCGAUGCAGAAGACUCCUGCCUCGAUGCCCUUCAAGAUGGGGUUCAACGUGCUCAAAUCCACAUCCAAGCCGGCGAAUCCGCUCAAGAAAGCGGAUUCAGCGCGCCAGGAUGGAACAGCUGUCUCCAGCAGCUCUUCAGGCCGAGUGAAGCCACCAUGCAGUAUGACCAUGGCAGAAAAGAUCAUGCACGAGGAACUGGAGCGCAAAAAGAGAAAGGCGGAACCUUCAUUCGCACGUUCCGGCGGUCCUCAGAUGCAGCAAGGGAUCAAGCGGAGUCGUUUCUGA